AUGAGCACUGAAAGGACCGGUGGCAACUGCUUACGCAUCACUCUCGUCGUAUAUACUCUCCUGUUCUGGGUAAAUUAUUCAUACUUACAUCUGAAAAAAUCAUAAAAUUCAGACCUCCGGUCUUUCUCUUAUUUUUCUUGGCCUAUGGAUGCUCUUUGAUCCAAAAAGAAACUACAUUCUGGACUUGGUCGACUUCUCCGAAGACGAUCCUCUUUUGGUGAGUUUCAAAUAAAGCUUUUUUUGGCGCGCAUUCAACCUCAAACUUUUCAAAAUUAUCACGAGGCACUUUCUUCACUGAUUUUUUUUUCAGCGCGAAAAAAAUCGAAUAAAAAAUUCUCAUUGAUCAUCGAUUUAUUCUUGCAUUUGUUUACAGACGUUUGCGGCGUACAUUGCCCUUGUUUCGGGGUGCUGCACCUUACUCAUCGGCUUUGUUGGAUGCUGCGGAGCGGUCAAGCGCAUGCGCUUCUUCCUCGCCCUGGUGAGGUGUUAGGGAACUCAAAUUCAAGAAAAGGAGGGGAUGAAUUUGAAAAAAAUCAUUGUUAUUCAGUUAUUGCUUUUUAAUGGGGCGCAGGAAAAUUAUUUUACGUCGUGGUUGGAAAUUCUCUGAGGAUUUUUCAUUAUACUUCUCGAUGUACCAGGAAAGAUUUUCAACUCGCAAGAUUUUCUAGAUUUCAAAAGGACACCUCAAAAUCAAAGAAAACCCUCACUAGGGAACAUUUUUUACCUCUAACCCCCAUACCUUGAACUUUUGAGAUAACUUCGCUGGAAAGUGCUUUAGGACCUUCUGAUUGCAGAACAAGAAAAAAAAUUUCUCGCAAUAGAUCUCGUUUUCGAGUUAGGACGCUUCAAAAGCUUGAAAUAACGCUUUUUUGUCAUAAUCUACUUGUUUUGCGGACUUGGAAGCUCCAUUACCCAAAAAAAAAGAUAUAUUGCGAGAAUUUUUUUUCUUUUUUUGGGAUCAGGAGGACCCUAAAGUAAACUUCAGCAAAGUUUCAUCAAAAGUUCAACCGGGAGGUUUCUAAUCAGAACAUGUUGAAGUAGGCUUUUUUUGAAGUUAAGUUACACGAAAAAUAGGGUAUUUCGCAUUUUGAGACUUUGAAGAUCUUUUACUGGUCCAUCAAGUUUUGACCAAAUUUGUAGAAAUAUUCAACCUAGAGGAGAAGAUACUUUCUUUGUGAGGCGAAGAAAUCUUUUUGAUUCCCUUCAACUUUUUUUGCGUUAAAAAUGACCAAAAUUCAGUUCAUCAUCUCCCUUGUGCUGCUCUUCCUUGCUGAUAUCGCGAUCGGAACGUUGGCUCUCGUUUACCGGGACAAAGUGAAGUUAUAAGUUGAUGUGACUGUGUCUAAAUGUCCGUCUUUGCAGUUCUCUAACAAUGAUGCCAUGGAAGUGUAUUUGAAAAAUCUAACCUACAAUCGAUAUUCGCGAGACAAAUGGGUACUUCCUCUUAUGGAUACGAUUCAGUUCUAUGUGAGUGUCGAGCUUCUUGUUGGAAGAAGGUUAAUAUUGCGUAGCUACUUGGGGAGAAAAUUAUCAGAACUUCCAUUUUCUAUGGGUAGAAGUAUAUAGAAAUCCCACCACAAAAGUAAGAAAAGAAAGGAACGUUUUUGAAAUAUGGGAUGAUUUUUCUUGUGUUUUCAUGUCAAGGAUCGUUUGCAGUUCAAGAUCCAAGAAGUACCGAUUUUCGGCUGAAUGGUUUCAUUGUUGAGUGUGCUUUUGAACUGUCCGAAAUGAUGUGAAUUGCCAUUUCGUUCUCUUUUCAGUCCAAUCAGAAGUCAUUUAGACAAAGAAUGUGCAAACAACUUUACUGCGACUCGUAAAAUUUGAAUACGGUGUAGCACCAGAAAUUGAGUCAAACCGCUUGGCAACGAGUAUCAUUGACAAACUCCAAUACUAUGUGAGAAAACUAUAAAUUUGAGGAUAAAUUUCUGAGUAAUAGGAAAAAUGUUGUGGCGUCGAUUCCUCAGCAGACUUCAUCGGUAGUCGAUGGGAAGCCACGGUUCUUUCCAAUCCAGAUUAUGAAGAUGAGGAGAGCCGGCCUUUAGUUCCCGUUUCAUGCUGCACUCAAAUAGCUGGAGCUUCUGCUCUGAACCCCUUGGCCAAAAGUUUUGCUCGCUGCCAGCAGCUGGAAGCCACCAAACAGUGGAGACACACCGUGGUGAGCAGAUGAAAUUUUGUCUGCAGUGGUGUGAAAUUUUUGAAGUUUGCUUUGAGCCGGACUAACCAUAAAAAACUGGGGAUCUUGUUAAAACUUCGAAAAUUCCUAAAAUUUACCAAUUUCUAGUUUGAUCUCAAGUUUUAGCAUGAGUGCUGUGGUGGACAGAGUGCGACAGAUUACCAGAAUUCUUUCUGGUACGUGACGAACUCGCUGAGAGGAACGCGUUCCUUCGUGCCGCCGUCGUGCUGCAAACAGGCGCAGUCAGGACGAGCCUGGGCUCCGAAACCCAUCGAUCCAAUGUGCAUCACCUACCGUUACACCAGCACCGCUUUCCGGACCGCCGUCAACUUUGAAGUACUUUUUGGAUGAACUAACUCCUAACAGCUAAUACGAUUAAAUAAUCUCACUGCUGAGUCUUUGAAUUUGACUUCAAGCUCAGCCUGGACAUAGGGUUGUUUUUUUUUGAAUUUAUCAAGGCAUGGUCUACAUUUGCAGUCGCGCUUUUUAACAAAAAACGUGUUUUUUAUUUUUUUUUUUAACGCCGGUUUCAAGUUUCAUUAAAAAAAAUGGCGCAAAGAUAUCUGGAAGUGAAAUUCAUUCAAAUCCCAUUUAUUCUGCCCACCAGAAUAUAUUCUGAAGAUUUUUUUCAAAUAUUUUUUUAAAGGUCGGAAAAAUUUUUAAAAAAAAUGAAGAAACCCUGAACCUUUCCAUAUAUUUCUACGGCAAUUUUUGGCUUUGGAUUUAUCAGCUUUAUUUCACACGAGAGAAACACAUUUUAAAAAUGUUCAACGCCUUUAGACAAAGAAUUGUUACUUCCAUUAUUAACAAAUUAUCUGAUUUUUGCAGUGCUUUGUGAAUAUUCAUUUGAAACAAAUAUGUAUAGAAAAUUUUCGGUUCAUCAUCAAAAUUGUGUAUUUUAAGGGAUGUCACGAAAAACUGCAAGCCUGGUUCAAUGAGCAAAUUUGGAUUUUUGUUGGCGUCGGCUUCGGAUUCGCUCUGCUCAUGGUUUGUUUUUUCCUUGUUUUUUCAAUCAAAAUUCGUCAUUUUCCAGAUGAUCGGGAUGAUAAUCACGCUGCUCCUUUGUAGCAGAAUCCGCUACUACACCACCAUUCGAAAUGAAGAAUACUAA